AUGGCAAAAUUUGAAAAAAUAUUUAUUUUCUUCUUCUUUGUUGUUAUACCUAACAUUAUUCAAGUAGAUGCAAAUUUUAUCAAAAGCAUGGUUAUUGAAUGGGGUGCUCAAAAUGCAUUACUUUGGGAUGAUAAUCUUCAACUUUCGUUAGAUAAAAUCACAGGAAGUGGGGCUCGAACAAAGAUACCAUUUUUAUUUGGAUCGGUUGAAUCGCAUAUCAAACUCGCGCCUGGUAAUUCUGCAGGAACAGCUACUUCCUUCUUCCUAUCAUCGACCGGAAAUCAACACGAUGAGAUAGAUUUUGAGUUCUUAGGAAACAUUUCGGAACAACCUUAUAUUGUUCAUACAAAUAUUUUUACACAAGGAAAUGGAAACAAGGAGCAACAAUUUUAUCUUUGGUUUGAUCCUACUGCUGAUUUUCACAACUAUACUAUUCAUUGGAACCCUACCGUAAUUGUGUUUUAUAUUGAUAGCAUUCCAAUUAGAGUGUUUAGAAACUAUGAAAGACAUGGCAUUGCAUAUCCAAGCAGACAAGGGAUGAGAGUUUAUACAAGUAUAUGGAAUGCAGACAAUUGGGCUACUAGGGGUGGACUUGUUAAGAUAGAUUGGAAUUUUGCACCAUUUACUGUCAAGUAUAAUCAUUUUAGAGCAAGGGCUUGCAGAUGGGAAGGAGAUAUUAGUAUUAACCAGUGUGCUUUAAAUAUAGGUGAAAAUUGGUGGACUUCUCCUAUAUACAAACAGUUGAGUUAUGAUCAAAUGGGACAAUUGAAUUGGGUUAGAGAUAAUCAUAUGAUCUAUGACUAUUGUCAUGAUACUAAUAGAUUUAAUGGACAAAUGCCUCAUGAAUGUUUCAUGACACAAUUCUAA